CUGACAGCCAAAGAAGAGGGCGUAGAAAGACUUGUGUAACACUGAAACGGAAGGAGACGAGCUGUACCAGUGAUGAGGGUCAGUCAGCCUGCUCUACACGUGCCUCUUCUUACUGCAGUGAAAGCGUGGAGAGUUUGAUGCUUCGUAAACAGAAGUUAAGGUUAAAAUAAAAGUCACAACAAGCAACGAGAAGGUUUUCGUCUUCGCCGAUAACGCGUGUCCUCAUAUGCCAUUAUGAAGUACAUCCUGGUUACUGGUGGUGUCAUAUCUGGUAUUGGCAAGGGCAUCAUUGCCAGCAGCGUGGGAACAAUCCUCAAGUCCUGUGGCCUUCAUGUGACAGCAAUUAAAAUCGACCCAUAUAUCAAUAUUGAUGCUGGCACAUUUUCACCUUAUGAACAUGGUGAAGUUUUUGUUCUCGACGAUGGCGGAGAGGUGGAUCUAGACUUGGGGAAUUAUGAGCGUUUCCUAGACAUCCGCCUCAUCAGAGACAACAACAUCACCACUGGAAAGAUCUACCAGUCUGUCAUCAACAAGGAGAGGAGGGGAGACUACCUGGGCAAGACUGUGCAGGUGGUGCCCCACAUCACGGAUGCCAUCCAGGAGUGGGUGAUGAAGCAGGCCAGGAUCUCCGUAGACGAUGACGGUGUGGAGCCACAAGUUUGUGUCAUAGAGCUGGGAGGAACUGUGGGGGACAUUGAGAGCAUGCCCUUCAUCGAGGCCUUCAGACAGUUCCAGUUUAAAGUGAAGAAGGAGAACUUCUGCAACAUCCACGUCAGUCUGGUACCACAGCCCAGCGCCACAGGAGAGCAGAAGACCAAACCAACCCAGAACAGUGUCAGGGAGCUCAGGGGGCUGGGCUUGUCUCCAGAUUUGAUUAUGUGUCGCUGCUCAACACCCCUGGAAACUGCUGUCAAAGAGAAGAUCUCAAUGUUUUGUCACGUGGAGCCCACACAGGUGAUCUGUGUCCACGAUGUCUCCUCAGUCUACAGAGUGCCUCUGCUGCUGGAGGACCAGGGGCUCGUGAGUUACUUCUGUCAGCGGCUCAAUCUGUCUGUCGAGACGAGACCAAGGAGGAUGCUCACAAAGUGGAAAGAGAUGGCUGACAGGUCUGACCGUCUCUUGGAGAGUGUCUCCAUAGCUCUCGUCGGGAAAUACACAAAGCUAUCAGACUCCUACACCUCUGUCAUCAAGGCUCUCGAGCACUCAGCCCUCGCCAUCAAUCACAAGCUGAAAGUCAAGUACAUUGACUCUGCAGACCUGGAGAACACCACUCUGCAAGACGAGCCAGUGAAAUAUCACGAGGCCUGGCAGAAACUCUGCAGCUCUCAAGGUGUGUUGGUGCCGGGAGGUUUCGGGGUGAGAGGAACAGAAGGAAAGAUUCUGGCUAUCAGCUGGGCAAGAAAACAGAACAAGCCAUUCCUCGGGGUGUGUUUGGGCAUGCAGCUGGCAGUGUGCGAGUUCGCCCGCAACGUUCUUGGAUGGGAAGAUGCCAACUCCACAGAAUUUCAUCCAGACUCCAAACACCCAGUGGUGAUUGACAUGCCUGAGCACAACCCGGGGCAGAUGGGAGGGACAAUGAGGUUGGGGAAGAGGCGGACCAUUUUCAAAUCCAACCCCAGUGUACUGAGGAAACUCUACGGAGACGUGGAAUACGUCGAGGAAAGGCACAGACACAGAUUUGAGGUGAACCCUGAGCUGAAGCACCACUUUGAGGAAAAAGGUCUCCAGUUUGUCGGCCAGGAUGUAGAAGGAGAGAGAAUGGAGGUCAUUGAGCUGGAGGAUCACUGUUACUUUGUCGGAGUGCAGUACCAUCCAGAGUUCACCUCGAGGCCCAUCAAACCCUCUCCCCCGUACUUUGGUCUCCUUCUAGCCGCAGCAGGAAAACUCCAGAGCUACCUGACCAAAGGAUGCCGCCUCUCUCCACGGGACACUUACAGCGACCGCAGCGGCAGCAGCUCUCCCGAAGCAGACUUCUCCGAGCUCAAGUUCCCCUCUUUGUCCUUUGACUAAAGCAUCAGUUCAUGUUGUGUUUGCGUCAUUCAUGCAGAAAAAACCCAAGGCUCAGGGAAGAGAGAAAAAAAGAAGUCUGCCCUGAACUGACGCUGCACGCUCAAUACUUUUAAGACACUGAUUUUACACUCCUAAUGGUACAAGAUGCUGUAGAUAUUUAAUUUUAUUAAGCCACAAGUUAUUGUGGAAAGGUAAAAGGGAUGUUUUGAUGUAUACAGCCAAAGUGCUCUUUGGGGAAUUGUAAGAAAGAUGUUACAUUGUGGGAAACCUGUGAGAAUAAGUUGUCUGAAAGAUGCAAAACAACCAUUAGAGGAUUUGGGUUGGAUUAGGAGUCUGUGCAAUCAGGCCUUUUAUUCGGGCAGACUUCGUGCAAAUCCAUAUCCUUGUUUCACUAUAAUGUUGCCUGUGUGUCAAACAGUCAGACAUAUCAUUGAUGCAUUUACCUCUUUGAAAUGUUGGUUAUUGUCUGUCAUAAACGUUUUAUUUGAUGUAUGAAUGUUUUCCUCCUUUUAGCUUUGAUAAAACAUUCAUUCUGGGUGACUACGCAGGCGAACUCUACAGUUGUGCUUUUGUCACUGUAUGCUAGAAAUGGAUUUUACUCUGGUUAAAAUAAAGUGCACCUUCUAAAUAUCCGCCCAUAUCAUAUUUCAUUUUGUGCAUGAGAGUUUUAAAAGUCCAACUUGAGCACUUUGGGGGUUUUAUAGCUCCCUAUUUCAGGUUGCAUGACUUUUAUGUUUGAGACCUUUCGCCUGCUGACAUCAACAAUAACAGUUUUGAACUCAAUUGACUUUUACUGCCACAUGUGACCCAGAACUUCCUUAAAUGAAUCAUGCUGAUGCACAGUUAUCUGACAAUGGGGUAAUUAAAGUGACCUCAUGAGGUAACGGUAUAAAGUAAAACAAAAAGCUUGACAAAAAAACUGCUGUCCAUAAAGUGAAAGACAAACCUGUGUUUGAUCUCUAAGCAUCAGUAGCAGCCAACUGUGGAUGAAAGGCGUCAAGCUACUGAGUUCCAUUUUCACUUGUAGUUUGAACACUAAGUGAUAUCCGUUUCCAGCUGUACAGAAAAUCUGCUGAUGCUUUGAUGUAUCUGUUUGUGACCUGAAAUGUGUGAAAAACCUAUUUUUAUAUUUAUGAAGCUCAGAUGCAUGUGUGUGUGUUUGUUCUGAAUAAAUACAUUUGUAUUCCUCCUGA